AUGGCUUCAAUUCAACAGCAGCAAGUUCCACAGAUACAAUCCACUACUAUCACCAUGACUAAUUCGCCCCAGAUUGAUUGGAAAAAGCGUUGUGAACAACUACAAAUCGAAUAUCAACUUGAGCUUAAACGUAUUCACCAUCAUUAUGAUCGAGAACUUCGAGAAAAAGUCAAUGAAGUUCGUCUUCGAUUAAAACAUGAAUACGACCAACAAAUUGCCGAGCUUCGUGCACGUCUAUCCGAGCAGCACGAUUUACCAAAUAUGAGCUUAAACCUGGAUCAAAGUUUUGGUGAUCAAAUACGAGAACAAGUUCGUCUUGCCGAAGAACACGAUCGUUAUGAAGAUGAGCAACAUCGGCGGUUGCUAUCACAACAAUCAAAUGAUAACGAACCGUUCAAACGACUUAUCAAUAAAUUACAUUCCGAAGGUGUUCAAGUAUUGUCAUUAACCGAGCUUCUUGACUUGCAAAUCCAAGGAACAAAUGUCAAUUUAACAAAUUCGAUGCAAAAACUACAUGAAGAAAACGCCUCUCUUCGCUCGUUGAUUGCUAGUGUGAAUGCAAAUGGAAGUAGUCAGACGUUAAUCGAAUGUCUUGCAGAUAUAUUUCGAUGUGAACAAGAACGUCGUUUGAGUGAAAUUCAGGAACAAGAAAAAAGUAAAGACUUAGAAGAAGAAAUUCAUCAAAUGUGUGAGUAUCAACGUCAAGCAUUAGGUAAAUUAUUAUCACAAAACCGUCUUUCCAUUAUCAAUGAACUCGAACAAACCAAGAAAGAAUUUAACUAUCUAAAGGAACACUUCGAGCAGAUCAAACAGAGCCAAAAUCAAUCGAUUCAUAUCAACUCCCAUCGUUUAAAUAAGUUUUAUUUGAAAUAUUUACGUUGUGAAGCUUAUCGAAAGGCAUUGAUCUAUCAAAAACACUAUUUACUCGUCUUGUUGACUGGCUAUGAAGAUACGGAAACAUAUGCGCUGAAUGAAAUACGCCGUUUAACCGGAGAUCCCAAAAGCGACGUAUUCAAAUACGAUAAAAUGGGAUUCAUGCCCAAACAACCCUUUCCUCAACGUGCUAUGAAUUAUCGUUUUCGUUUUCGGUGCUAUGUUACCGUUGUUAUCGGAAUUAUACGAAUGCGUUGGCUUGUGAAGAAAUGGACACGAAAGAUAGCGGCAAUUCGAUGA